UUCUCUGUUUCUUCUCUCCUUCAGACAUCAAUAAAAAUUCAAAUCUUAUUGCUUAAUCCGACAAGCAACCUCGAUUUCAAUUUUCUUAUACGAAUUAUUAGUGUGUUGUCUUAGUGAUCUCUCUAAUGGGUAAUUGCUUGGAUUCUCCUGCAAGAGUAGAUAACAGAGAAAGUUCUUUCGCAGGGUCAUCGAGAAUUUCCCCUAAACCUAGUCAGCCAUCUCGACUCCCAAGCCUCAUAAUACCCUCUUAUAGCAACAGAAGCUUCACUAGUUCAUGGUCAGUUCAGACACCAAGAAGUGAAGGAGAGCUCUUACCUUCUCCAACACUAAAGGCCUUUGCAUUCACCGAGCUCAAAACCGCAACUAGUAACUUCAAACCCAACAAUCUUAUAGGUGAAGGCGGUUUUGGUUAUGUUUAUAAAGGUUGGAUUGGUGAACACUCGUUGUCACCUUCCAAACCAGGGUCCGGUAUGGUUGUUGCAGUCAAGAAACUUAAAUCAGAAGGGUUUCAAGGCCACAAAGAGUGGUUGAAUGAGGUUCAUUAUCUUGGAAGGCUUCAUCAUAUGAAUCUUGUGAAGCUAAUUGGAUACUGUAUAGAGGGAGAGAAACGACUUUUGGUUUACGAGUACAUGCCCAAAGGAAGCCUAGAGAAUCAUCUGUUUAGAAGAAAUGCAGAUCCAGUUCCGUGGAAGACAAGGAUGAAAGUUGCCAUCAGUGCAGCGAGAGGGCUUGCUUUUCUACAUGAAGCUAAAGUCAUAUACCGAGACUUCAAGGCCUCUAAUAUUCUUCUUGAUGCGGAGUUCAAUGCAAAGCUAUCUGAUUUUGGAUUGGCAAAGGCAGGACCAACAGGAGAUAGAACACAUGUGUCAACUCAAGUGAUGGGCACUCAUGGCUAUGCAGCUCCUGAAUACAUAGCAACCGGCCGAUUAACCGCCAAGAGUGAUGUCUAUAGCUUUGGAGUGAUGUUGCUCGAACUACUCUCGGGACGUCCCACGGUAGAUAAAUCGAAAGUUGGUGUGGAGCAGAAUCUAGUAGAUUGGGCUUUACCUUAUUUGGUAGACAGAAGAAAAGUGUUUAGGAUAAUGGACACGAAGCUUGGAGGACAGUACCCUCACAAAGGGGCUUGCGCAGCAGCAAACAUCGCAUUGCAGUGUCUUAACAUAGAAGCUAAGCUGAGACCGGAGAUGUCUGAUGUCUUGUCUACUUUACAACAUCUUGAGACUUCUACAACGAAGAUAUCUACUCCAACCGCAGUUAUGUCUCCUUCACCUAUGUCAGAUAAUCGCAUGGUUCGAGAUACCUCUGCGUUUAAGGUGAGAAAGUAGGAGAUCUAGCGACCUCUUUUUGAUCAGUAUAUACUCUUUCAAAGUGUGUUGAAUAGUUUUGUACUUUCUCUCAAGUUCGUAGGUUUUCUUGUUGGAAAUGUAGACAGUGGACGUGUAUAUAUAUAUAUUCGAAAGUUGAUAAUAGAAUUAUAUAUAUGAUCAUCG